AUGCGGCCGCAUGCCGGCAUGCGGAGACACGCGACAUGCGGAACGCACCGAGGCGCUCGGGCCCUCAAUCUAGUACAGUGUGAGCGACACUUAACGCGACGCUCCGACCGAUCGGGGGGGCGUGGUAGGGGCGAGGGGGCGUGGGGGGCGCCGGAGCCCUACAAUAUGGCGCACUUGAUCUUUCUCCGCUUCACCUUGUCGCGCACGUUGCCGUUGGCGGCGCGGCUGUCGUCCGACUUGCGCGAGCGGAUCUCGCGCAUCAGGUCAAAGAACACCUGCGGGCAGACGCACCCCGUCAGCCGACACGCGCACACACGCGCACGCGCACGCACACAAGCACAGACACCCGACCCACCAAUCGCAGCGAGCACCGCGCAGGCGGCGACGUCCCACCACCGGGUUUUGCACCCAAACGUGCACACACAAUUUUAUAAAGCG